AAGUGAAAAUACCUUUUGGAAACAAAUACCUUGAUGCUAUCUUUUCGGUCCCAGAGAAGAAAUCAGCAUAUGGAGUGAUUCUUACCCAUGGAGCUGGAGGAGAUAUGAAUUUCCCUCACUUGGUGUCUUUGGCAGCCUACCUUGCAUCCUGUGGAGUUCUGUGCCUGCGCUUUACUUGUAAAGGCCUUAAUGUUGCUUAUAGGACUAAGGCUUUCAAAGCAGUUGUGGAAUACUUAAAACUUUCUGAAGAUUAUAAACUUUCGGGUGUCUUCCUUGCAGGCCGUUCCAUGGGCUCACGAGCUGCUGCCUCUGUGAUACGUCAGCUCAGCCAGGAUGAUGAUGAUGAUGAUGACUUCAUUCGAGGUCUAAUAUGUUUAUCUUACCCAUUGCAUCGACCAAAACUUCAGUCCAAGCUCCGGGAUGAAGAUUUAUUAUUCCUCAGGUGUCCAGUGUUGUUCGUCUCAGGAUCAGCAGAUGAGAUGUGUGAGAAACAAUUGCUAGAAGGUGUGGCAAGCAAAAUGAAAGCCCCUAAAAAAAUCCAUUGGAUUGAUAAAGCAAACCAUGGGAUGGCAGUCAAAGGACGAACAGCAGAUGAUGUCAUGGAGGAAAUAAAUGCCCAAGUUUUUUCUUGGCUUAGAGAGACUGUUGAACUGGAACACAAAUAAGUUGCAGCGUUUAAGCAGCAUCUUCACUUAGUUUUUCCCAAAUGUGAUAAAUAAAAGUUUGUUAUUUUUGAAAGGGAUAUUUUGUAAAACAGGUCUUUUCAGAGGUGUAAGUGUAAAUGCAAAUAAAGCUUUGUAUGAAU